UGUAGAUUGAAUUUUAUGAAUUAAUUUGGACGUAAAGUUUCCAUAAUAGUACUUUCAGGGUUGAAAGUUUCUGAGUGGGAGCUUUAGAAAACAGAGUAUUCUAGGCACCCGUCCGUCUUGUUUAACGGAUGCCAACGUCCAACGUCGGACCAAUGUUGCUUUGUUGAUAUCAUAUUAUUCGGUGAUAAUCGACAAAUUAUAUUUAAAACUUUAAAUAUUGGUUAUUUUAUUAACGAUUUCCUCUUGAUCAUUAGUUUUAUAAUUUAUAGUCAAUUAUGUCAAAUAAAUAUGAAGUAAUUAUUUUGUUUGACGGAUAUGGUUAUAUUGAUAAAAAUGAAAAGUAUCAUGCAUCUGGAACAUCAACACUAAUUAAAGGUAACACAAAUAUACUUGUUGAUACAGGUGGUGCAUGGCAAAAAGAUCAUCUUCUAAAAAGGUUAAAUGAAGAAAGUUUAUCACCUAAUGAAAUUUCAUAUGUUGUUGGCACUCAUGGGCAUUCAGAUCACAUUGGAAAUUUAAAUUUGUUUUUAAAUGCUAUUCAAAUUGUUGGUUUUGAUAUAAACUUAAUGGAUGAGUAUUUGUUGCAUGAUUUUAAUUCUGGGAAACCCUACAUUAUAAAUGAUUUAGUUAAAGUUAUUCCGACACCAGGUCAUACAUCUGCAGAUGUAUCUGUAAUUGUAUCUGGUGUUGAAAACUAUGAUGGUGGGGUAGUAGCAAUUUGUGGAGAUUUGUUUGAAAAUGAAAAUGAUGAAAACAUAUGGAAAAAUGUUAGUUUUGAUGCUGUUGUACAGGAAAAGCACCGACAAUCUAUACUUAAACAAUGUGAUUAUAUUGUCCCUGGGCAUGGAAAAAUAUUUAAAAAUUUAAAAAAAUGUAUUCAAAAUUGAUUUCAUAAACUAACUUACAUUUUGUAAACUAUUAUGAAUUUUUAAUAGAUUUUUUUUUCAUUA